UUUAGCGACGUCUUGCAGAAUAUUCGCGUGAAAUGGCGUGUAGGUCGCUUUUCAGUAUUUGCAAUGGGCGACGCUGUACGGGUUUCCUUACAAACCUGAAGCGGAAUCUUCUUCUAGUCUUACUGGUGGUUGGAGCAAUCAUUGGCUUUUCAAUCGGAGCAAUAAUCAAUAGCCCCGUGAAUCGCAUCAUCGACCCAGAGAAGAAAGCCACUAUUAUAAUGCUCAUUGGAUUUCCAGGGGAACUGUUCAUGAGCAUGUUGAAGAUGAUUAUUCUACCUCUGAUCGUUGCCAGUGUGAUAACAGCCGUAUCGACUCUGAAUCCUGACGUGGCGGGAAGAAUUGGUCGACGUGCUCUCAUAUAUUACCUAGGAACACUGAUACUGGCCGCUCUUUUGGGUUUGACCCUCGUGAUGGCGAUCCGUCCCGGUUUAAGCGACAAACCCAGCGAGCAAAAAGAUGUAAAGGCGGUGAAGUACAGGAAUUUGGAUUCGCUUCUUGAUAUGAUAAGGUAGGGUAUUCAUUGCGUAAUAUAGAGAGUUUAUUGUCCAAUAAUUGAUUCUUUUGCUCAUCUUAAUCGUAUCAUACACAUAGUUCUAUGCAUAAGAUUUGUUUAGUUUACAUACCACGCAUUUUAAAGUAGUUACAGAGACAAUCGUGCGAGACUGACCUCUCCUGAGGUAAAAUUCUCUGCGGAGAGUCACGCGAUUUGAAAUUCUUUUGUUGCUCAUGUCCUGCCGGCCAUUGCAUGAUAUGAGAACCAAUUUGGAGUGUAAUAUUCUUUUCUUUAAAUUAAUGGAGGAAAACUAAUUAAAAAAUAAACCUCUUCGUUCUGAUUAUGAUUGAUUUCUAGGAACUGUUUCCCCAGUAACUUAGUCCAAGCAGCCACAAGCAAGGUAGGUAAAGCGAUUUUUCCCUUUAAAUCGCCCUCGCGUUUAGUAUCCCACAUAAGCCUUCAUUUCGUGAUAAUAUAAUGUGUUCCCUUAGUAUUUUCGAAGAUCUGGGGAAGACCUUAAAAUAACUUAUCCUGUGUCCCGAAAUUUGCUUAUGUGCUCUUCCCAUCUUCUCCACGAAAACAUCCAACACGCGAGGUACGUACACGUGACACACACACACACACACCAGGGAGGCGAGCCACCUCGAGACAAAAACUGUCAAACUGGGGCAGGACCUGUAUUGCAAUCCAGUCUCUUAGUUCGAUCGUCUCACGCUCGAUAUUUUUUUUAACUCGAUAUAUUUUUUAUGACCUCCCGGAUUUGGGAACCAGCUAUUACUCGUCGCCUGAGGGAGGGAGGGGUUUGGGGAAGAUCACAAGGUUUUUAGGGAGAACGAAAGGAGAAUCAGUCGUCGCCAACAGGGUAUAAAGGGGAAAUCAAAGAAGAUUGACCGCCAAUAACGAGGGAGGAUUAGAAAAAUAACACAGAGGCUUAUAGGGGAUCAGGCGAAUUUUAUCACGACAUAAUGGAAUUCCUCCGACUCUCCCUUCUCCCCCCCACCCUCCACCGACGCUAAAUAAUGACCGGUCUCUUACCUCUUACACCAUAUGAGUAUCGUGGAAAAACAACUUCUGACUUUAAUGGUCAUACUAAGAUAUCUAGGAAUCCUUAUGAAUUCUAGUUUUAGGAUAAAUCUCCUCCAGUGCAAUUAUCAGGAGACAUUCAGUGUCCUUUUUCCUUGUAAAUAGAAAAAAACAAACUACAAUACAGUAUCCGCAAGAUCGAAGACUUACAAUGUCACAAGCGAUUAUAUUCACCUCGAGACUGGCGAGGAAAUUAUCGGCGUCCAUUACAAUGGUACCGUAAACAUUACCACCAUAAGAAGAGAGAUCCAAGCAGGUUCGAGCACUGUACCUGCAGGAGUGACGACCACGGGAGGAAUGAACAUCAUUGGUCUGAUCGUGUUUUCCAUAGUGUUUGGUGUUGUCCUUGCGAGGUUGCGUGACAAAGGAAGACCGCUGGUUGAAUUCUUCUCGGCAUUGAACGAGGCUAUAAUGAUGAUUGUUUUCUUUGAAAUGUGGUGAGUUUCAAAGAACUGUGCUCAAGGGCGUGGCUCAUGGAGUGUAAUAAUACAAAUCAGAUUACCCCUUGGUAUGCGUUUUAUUUCAUGUUAGACAAGCUGGUUUGCUCCAAAUUUCCAUUUUUGGACUCCUCCCAGGGGCGUAGAAAACAUUAUCUCGAUAAUCGAGGGCUAAGAACGUGAGCCGCGAGGGGCUCGAUCCAGGGAAAUGCAACACAAGAAAAUAUGUUCUGUUCUGUAACAGUGCUUACUUGACCGGUCAAGUAGCUGGCUGAUCUACUUGUGUGUUAAAACGCAUGGCCGUUGAUAGAUUUUUGUACAUAUUUGAGAGAAAUUAUAUUUUUUCUUCUUCGUUUCUUUGCAUCAAAGGCUGGCUCCAAUUGGCGUGUGUAGCCUGGUGGCGGCUCGUGUUGGUGGAAUGAAGAAUAUCUUGGGUACCAUGCAAAAAUUAGUAUUUUACAUGUUGACAGUCAUUUGUGGCCAGCUCAUUCACUCCCUGAUCGUGUUACCACUCGUAUUCUUCAUUUUCACUCGGAAGAAUCCUUAUGUGUUCAUGAGAGGUCUCACAGAUGCCUUGAUGACAGCAUUCGGCAUCGCUUCCAGGUGUGUACGAAGGACCUUUGUGACUGUUUUCGUCUACAGAAACAUUGAAAGGAGAUUUCUAUCCUAAUGAAAUGGAAAUAACCUCUUACUGUUUUUCGUUCAAGUUAAGACCUCAAUAGGUCAAUAUGUGUUGUUUUAGUAUUGCUUCUUAGUCUUUAUAAAGAAGACCUGUAGGUGACUUAACGCGGCUUUUACUUGGGGCAGAAGAGCACAGAAUACGUCAUUACAAUGGAGUGUGCUGCACAUAAAAUUAAUUACCCUAGAGUAACCUUGAAAAGUAAAAAUCUAUGUGAUUAGUUUACUCGCACGUAUUUUAACUCGGUAGUCUGGAAAUCUGGAAACAUGCAAAUGAUUUUUUAGCGUACUUGCAUCUAUCAUACCUUGGUAAUCUGGAAAUGUGGAAAUCUUAAAAUAUGCAAAUAAGUCUAUGUACAAAUUAGUGAAUCAUCCGCCAUCUUGGAUUUCGAGCUACACGUAAAUAAACCCCGGUGUCUCGGCUGGGGUUUCAACCCAGACCUCUCGAUCCGGGCUACAGCACAAUAGCCACAGGAUCAACAGUGGAAAACACCAUGACGAUUGUGGAUCAAUAUCAGUAUCUGAACAACUGCAUACCUUCCCCUCCCCUGACCCAAUAUUAACCCUAACCUGUUAUCAGUUGACUGAUGUUGGGUUAGGGGAUGGGUAGGUGCUCAGUUGCUAGGAUACUGACACUGAUCCAUGAAUGCUUGCCGACCCUAUAUACCAUUUGCGUAGUUACAACACUUGCCGCGUUAUCAACAACUGACACUUCACCAACCAUCUCUAAACUUAAAACAACACACCUCCUAACAAUUGGUCACUCUGCUUUGUUUUCAGUGCAGCCACUCUCCCGACAACUAUCCGCUGUGUGGAAGAAAACAACGGCAUCGAUUCACGCAUAAGUCGCUUCAUGUUGCCUCUGGGUGCCACCCUCAACAUGGAUGGCCUGGCUCUCUCACGGGUGGUGGUAACUAUCUUUGUUGCUCAACUAAACGAUAUCUCCCUUAGCCCAGGAAGAGUUGUUGUUGUCUGGUAAGAGACGAUGACAGAACUUUUGCUCUUUUUUGUCUUAUCUUCCUAUUGAAUAACUCGUUGGGUAUCACUUACAUGAUUGCCCAAUCGGUAAAUUAUAAACCGGAUAACCCUUUCACUCCCAAGAUCUGAAUGUUAAUUCUCCCCUCUAGCUGCUGCACAUUUCCUAGUAAAUUAGUUGCAAGAAUUUGAUGUUAAAACAAGAUAAAAACUUCUACCUGAUACAUUUGAGUAUUCUCAAUACCUGUUUUGUUGUUAGUAGAUGGAUAUUGUUGGGAGAAGUCACAUGUGAAUCACUCUGAGAGUUAAAGGGUUAACUGUUGCUCUAUCGUCCUAUUUCUUCGCGCCUUUCACUCAUCGUUUUUUUUUUUUUUUUUUUUUUUGCUUGUUUGUUUGUUUGUUUCUUUUAUUUUCUCUUUACUGGUAAGUUUGUUGAAAAUUUCAUGAAUUUAUGCAAGAAAUUGCGAUGCAGAUGCAUACUUCCUCAUAUUUUUUUUCCAGAUUAUUGAUCACCAUUUGCUUAACAUCGUUUGUGUAAUAUUAAUUCUGACUUAUGGAAAAUACACUAGUAAUAACACCCGGAACUUUGCUAAUAGCAUUUUUUUUUAAUUUUUCUUUUGCAGCUUAAUUGCUAUUGCUGCUUCCAUUGGCGCCGCAGGAAUACCAGGAUCAGGAAUCAUGAUCAUCAUUGUUCUCCAAGCCGUUAAUCUUCCAUUGCACGACUUUGGCAUUAUCAUGGCUAUUGAAUGGAUGCUGUGAGUACUCAUAACGUGUUCAUUUAAAUUAGUGAGAUGUAUCGCGAGCUCACAACUACCAAGGAGUGACUUCCAUCCAAUUUCUCUGGACAAUAUCACACCUGAAUCACAUGUAAAGGUCAUGAGAAUAAAGAGAAUGGUCGCCAGCUAAAGCAGCUCUACACGAUUAAAUAAAUUCUCCUUGUCAGCACCUUAGGAAAUGUAUAGAGAACAGUAUGGAGAAUAUACAUGCCGAUGUAGCGUGUGAAAGGGUUAAUGUUGGGGGUUUACCCACAAAGGACUGGUAUUUAAUGCGCGAGAGGAGUACAUUAAGUACUAAGUGCAUUACGCUACUAAUACUAAGGUGAGCCAAUAUUCCAUCUCACAGUUGCGCGCCUGCUUGCCAAGCCUUUGAAGAUGAUUAAGGCUAAGGGUGACUUUGAUAUGAUAGAAACGUUGCAGCUUUUCAAAUGUUAAUUAGUUUGUUAUCAUGCUAACUAAAUACUGGUCUCUAUCAUAACAAGGUCACCUUCAGCCUCACUAUGACUCAACGGCCAGGCAACUAAGUACACAACCGUAAGAUGGCCUAUUGACUUGUGUUUACAGUUAAAGAUGCGCGGAGCAAUACGCAGGGAUAGUCUUUAGUGUAAUUAUCUUCUUGUCUACACCGAUUAUUAUUUACGUUUUUCAGGGAUCGCUGCAUCACAACUGUCAACGUCCUUGGGGACGCAAUGGGUACUGGGAUCGUGGCACACCUCUCACGUGACGACUUGAAGUUAGAUAAAGAAAACGACAAGGACAGGAGAGAUUCGCAAGGGCUAAUGAUGAACAGUGAUCUUUGAUUAUUCUUAUUGAUAGCAGUUUAGCAAUAGUCACCGAAUUGGAGGUGGCUAGUGGUGGAUAUUUACCGAAUCACGAAGUAUCGAGGUAAAUAACCACCACUAGCCACCGACACUGACGUAAAUAGUUGUUCUAAUGUAUAAUCAAACAGUAAGAUAAUAGAGCACUAAAAAUUGAAUUUAAACUCAUUCAUUCCUGUGACGACUACAAAACGUUUGGGCGCAAAUCCAGCGUGCGCUGCUCAGAGGUGAAUAGCAAAUGGUAGACGGAGUUGGGUAGCCAAUCAGAACGAGCCUUCAAUGUUAUCCACUGUUUGAGCACAUACUACAUACCUCCAGUAUAGGAGUAGGUUCGGAACGAAAAGGUAAAGUCGAUAGAACAAACUGAAUACAAGGCAAGUGAGGAGGUGACCGUGAUCUGGUAGUUUUACUACCUAAAAUUCCAAUUUUUAACUUGAUAUUAACCACGCAGGCUACAAUGACUUGUGUACGGCUACAUGACACGGGCAGCAAUUGAAACUACCUAACAGCAGAGCUGUUUUACUUUUAUUGACUUCAUUGAAAGCCUGACAAAGCGCUACAAAGCAAAAAGUAUAAGACAACCAAUCAGGCCGUAACGAUUGAUAAGGAACCCUUUAUACUCUAAGUACCAUUUAACACCUCUUCUACUGAACAUACUCAACUCUUAAUGUAAACAAGAUAUAAGCUAAACGCAACUUUCGUAC